AUGGGCGUGGCACUCACAAGAUCUGCACAAUGGACUGCUGCGGGUUAUGGCACUGGAACCCUGGAGAUUACCCCCCUGAACGAGGAGAUAUUGAGAGAAAUUAUUGUGUUUGUGGAGCACUUUACUCAUAAAUAUCCCCAAGAGGCGAAAUUUGUUUUUGUAGAACCACUUGAAUGGAAUACAGAUUUGAAGCUCUCAGCAUUUCAAUCAGGUUAUUUUUUCAGUGAUACAACAGUUGAGUCCGAAGAAGUGGAUAAGAAUGGACAGCCUUUGCUGUUUCUCUCUGUACCAAAAAUUAAAGUCAGGAGCUUCGGGCAACUGGCAUACCUGUUAUUCAUUGCCAAAGACACAAAGCUGAAGGAGGCACAAGCGUGUAUUGAAGGUAACAGAGACCCAGUAGUAAAAAUCUUGGGCUCCGAAUUUGGGGAAAUGAAAGAAGACUCCAUUGCCUUAAAUAUCCUUAAUAAAAUUAAAGCAGAAGAUGAUUAUGAAAAUGAGAUUAAGAUGAAGAUUGCCAUAUUGCUUAAGGAACUAGAUCUGCACCUUCUCAAUCAUACCCUAAAAUAUAUUUCACUGCAAAUAAGUCUAAAUCCAGUGACUGUUAAGAAAGAUAUAGAGCUGCUCCAACGUUUCUCAGGAAAAGGAGAAAAAACAGUCUUGGAAUUUAUUAAAUAUACCUCAGAUUAUGAAUUUUCAAAUGGAUGUCGAGCCCCCCCUUGGCGACAGAUUCAUGGGGAGAUGUGUUAUGUGCUGGUAAAACCCCACGAUGUCGAAGCUUUGUGCAUUACUUGCAGCACAGAAGGAGUGUUUUUAAAUGGUGGCAAAACAGAUGAUGAGGGGGACAUUGAUUAUGAAAGAAAAAGUGAAGUUUAUAAAGACCUUGUCACACUUUUAAAAGAAAAGUCAGCAAUAUUUUCAGAAAAUAUGUCAAAACAGGAAUUUACAUUCAAUGAAGAACAAAAAAAUCCUAUUGAGGAAAAACAGAUCAAGGAAAAAGAAGCUGUCUCUGGCAAAGUUAUCACUAGUUCAGACAGACCGAAGAAGAAUGAAAUCAGUUUUGUGAAGACUCAUAUGGCCAAGAGAUUGGAGCCAAGCUUAAAUUGGAGAACCAAAGUUGAUUUUAAAAUACAUAAAAGUUCAGCAAAAGACAGCCAAGAGGAAAAACAUGGAAAACUUGAAAAGCAAAGACCAUCUCUUUCACAUGGAAAAGUACAGCUUCAUAAGAGUGUCGAUAAGAUUGAAGAAACUAUUAGUGAGAGCUCUUCGGAAAGUGAAGAAGAUGAAGAACAACCUGAUCAUCGUCAGGAAGCAAAUGCAGAUUUGCCUUCGGAAUAUUGGCAAAUUCAGAAGCUGGUGAAAUAUUUAAAGGGAGGAAAUCAGACUGCAACAGUGAUUGCUUUGUGUUCAAUGAAGGAUUUCAAUUUAGCUCAAGAGACCUGUCAACUGGCCAUCAGAGAUGUUGGAGGCCUUGAAGUUUUAAUAAAUUUGCUUGAUACAGAUGAAGUCAAAUGUAAGAUUGGUUCAUUAAAAAUCCUGAAGGAAAUCAGUCAUAAUCCUCAAAUCAGACGUAAUAUUGUUGACCUUGGUGGCUUACCAAUUAUGGUUAGUAUACUUGAUUCUUCAUACAAGAGUCUGAAGUGUUUGGCAGCUGAGACCAUUGCAAACGUUGCCAAGUUUAAGAGAGCCCGGCGGGCUGUGAGACAGCAUGGCGGUAUCAACAAGCUGGUUGCUUUACUAGACUGUGCACAGAAUUCAACAGAACCAGCUCAAUCAAGUCUGUAUGAAACCAGAGAUGUGGAAGUGGCUCGCUGUGGGGCUUUGGCACUGUGGAGCUGCAGUAAGAGUCAUUCAAAUAAAGAAGCCAUUCGUAAAGCAGGGGGCAUCCCUUUGCUGGCUCAGUUACUGAAGACUUCUCAUGAAAAUAUGUUAAUUCCAGUAGUGGGGACACUGCAAGAAUGUGCAUCAGAGGAAAACUACCGAGCUGCAAUCAAAGCUGAAAAGAUCAUUGAAAACCUAGUGAAGAAUCUAAAUAGUGAGAAUGAGCAAUUGCAGGAGCACUGUGCCAUGGCCAUUUACCAGUGUGCUGAAGAUGAGGAAACCCGUGACCUGGUGAGGCUCCAUGGAGGACUUAAACCGCUGGCCAAUCUACUCAAUAACACUAAGAAUAAAGAAUUGCUGGCUGCUGUCACAGGGGCAAUAUGGAAAUGCUCCAUCAGCAAGGAGAAUGUGAUCAAGUUUCGGGAAUACAGAGCCAUUGAAACUUUGGUGGGACUUUUAACCGAUCAACCCGAAGAAGUACUUGUGAAUGUGGUUGGGGCCUUGGGAGAAUGCUGCCAAGAACAUGAAAACCGAGUCAUUGUCCGGAGAUGUGGUGGCAUUCAACCGCUUGUGAACCUCCUCGUUGGAAUAAACCAGGCUCUUCUUGUGAAUGUCACAAAGGCAGUUGGUGCUUGUGCGGUAGAGCCCGAGAGUAUGGUAAUAAUUGAUCGCUUAGAUGGAGUUCGUUUGUUGUGGUCCCUGCUGAAAAAUCCACACCCAGAUGUGAAGGCCAGUGCAGCAUGGGCCCUCUGUCCAUGCAUUGAAAAUGCAAAGGAUGCUGGAGAAAUGGUUCGUUCCUUUGUUGGUGGUUUGGAACUUGUUGUCAAUUUACUGAAAUCGGAUAACAAAGAAGUUUUGGCGAGCGUAUGUGCUACUAUUACCAAUAUAGCAAAAGAUCAAGAAAACUUAGCUGUUAUUACAGAUCAUGGGGUUGUUCCUUUAUUGUCCAAGCUGGCAAAUACAAAUAAUGAUAAAUUGAGGCGUCAUCUGGCAGAGGCUGUCUCACGUUGCUGUAUGUGGGGCAGAAACAGAGUGGCCUUUGGUGAGCACAGAGCAGUGGCUCCUUUGGUGCGCUACCUGAAAUCGAAUGACACCAAUGUGCAUCGAGCAACAGCCCAAGCCUUGUAUCAGCUCUCAGAAGAUGCAGAUAACUGCAUCACCAUGCAUGAGAAUGGCGCAGUAAAGCUGCUACUGGAUAUGGUUGGGUCCCCUGAUCAGGAACUCCAGGAAGCUGCAGCAGGUUGUAUAUCCAACAUCCGCAGGUUGGCUCUUGCUACAGAAAAGGCAAGGUACUCUUGAAAUCUGCAGUGCUUCUUGCCAGGACAAGCUACCAAGUUUUAUAUAACCCAGGACAUGUCAUUCCCAUGGCCAGGAAGCCUAAAUUGGGAAACACUGAUGAGCAAAAUCUUGGAAACAGUCUAAAAGAAAACAUACAUAUUAGAAGUUCAAAUGAUACUUUUUAUCUGAAAAUUGCAUGGGUAUAUUUUUGUUCUUUUUAAUGUUUCAGGGAUAUGCCAUGUAAUAAAAUGUGAAGCCAACAAAUUUGUGAUGAUUUUCCAAGAACUUGGAAUAUGUGUAAAUAGUAUAUAUGUAAACAGUCUAUAUAUAGCGAGAGAAACACACAUACUUUUCAAUGACGCUUUUGUUAUUUGUGGAGAUUUUAAUAAAGAAUAUGGCUUUCC